GCGCCAUGGAAAACGCAUGUUUUCCUAUUCAAGUUAAAGCCAUCGACCAUCUGUUUGCAGGUAUGUGCCCACCAAUUGUAGACAUGGGGAGUUCGCUGCCAUGUGAUCCACUGCUGGGUUUAAAAGCUUAUGUCCCAAAGAGAGGGACACAGUGCACAAUUCCCCACUGGCCAGAGCCCGAAGCGCGCAUCAUAAGUUCUGGGUACUGUGUCUCAAACAUGUCAGACACGGAGGAUGUUCAAUACGAAGGACAAGAAGAGGAAGUGGAAGAGGUAGUAGAGGAGGAGCAAGAAGAAGUGGACGAUCCUGCAGAAGAAAAUGAAGGAGAGGAUGCCAAGCCGAAGAUGAAGAGUGGAUUCGUGCCUGGCUUGGCACCACCAAAAAUACCAGAUGGAGAAAAAGUGGACUUUGAUGACAUCCACAGGAAGCGUAUGGAGAAGGACCUGAAUGAGCUCAAGACACUGAUUGAAGAUCACUUUGAGAAGCGUAAGAAGGAGGAGGAAGAGCUCAUCAGCCUCACCGAUCGCAUUGAAAAACGCAGGUCUGAGAGAGCCGAGCAAGUCAAGAUCAGAGCGGAGAGAGAAAGAGAAAGGCAAAACAAACUGGCUGAAGAGAAAGCAAGAAAAGAGGAUGAAGAAGCCAAGAAGAAAGCAAAUGAUGAUGCAAGGAAGAAGAUGAUUCUAUCCAACCUGACUUUCACGGGAUACAAGACACAGACUGGACCAAAAAGGCAAACAGAAAGAGAAAAAAAGAGGAAGAUCUUAAAUGAUCGCCGCAAGGAGUUAAAUAUUGAUCACUUGAAAGAGGACAAACUGAGGGACAAAGCACAGGAACUGUGGGACUGGAUGCGUCGGCUUGAAGCAGAGAAAUUUGAAUAUCAGGAUAAGUGUUCAAAGCAGAAAUACGAGAUUACUGUGCUGAGGAAUCGGGUCAGCGAUCAUCAAAAAAUAACAAAGGGUACCAGGAGCAAGCGGGGUCUUAGAAAGUGACAUCUGCCAUCAGAUGGAGGAAAACUUUAAUACAUCAGUCAUCUGUGAAGUAUUUGACAAGAGAUAAUCAAAAUCAUGUUUUGUAAAUAUUGAGCAUACAAUUAUAUACAAAUUAUGUUGGAAAGAUGAUUCUCUCAAAAAAAGUCAAACAUGCUCAGUUCAUCUGCAGAUGUGUAGAAAAAUGCAAAGUAAUUGAGUGGACAGUGUCUAAUUAAACUAAUCGUUUGUUUCCGAUAUGUACGAUACCGCGAUUACAAUUAAUUAAAAAAGGCUUUAAAUCUGGAAAUCAAAUUUUUUCUGUCAUUUAUCAAAUAUAUUCACUUGGUGAAUGUUCCAUUCACACCUAAAUCCAUUACUCAUAUCAGAUUAUAUCAACUCUUGGUAGAUACUCUGUGUAAAGAUUAGAUUUUUCGGAUUGAUUCUUAUAUUUUCAUUGAACCUCACAUCAAGUUUCAUUUAAGUGAUAUGCCUCAUGUAAUGAUGCCACAGGUACAACAAUCUAUCAUCUUAACUACGAACACUUCAUAACCGGUUAAGCGAGAAGCCUUCCAAAUCUAAUAAAAUCAAAGCUGUGACUUGUCUUCCUUGGGUGAAUUGUUUGUUUUGUACCACGUGAAUACGAUAAACAGAAAAUGACUAGAGAGGGGAAGAUUUCCCCAGAGGUGUUUUAAACUCUGCAGCCAAAAUGUGAAGGCAUGUGAGGAGAUGUCAAAGGUUUGACUAAUUACUCUGCACCAGCUACCUUGACAAUUGACUGGUGAUUGCCAAAACCUCUGAAGAAUUUCAGUUUCGACAGUAGACUGUAUAGGAGAUCUGGGGGGAGAUAGUUCAGUGGUAGAGCAUUUGACUGC